UUCCCCCAAAUCCCCCCAAUCGCCGCAUCCGCAGAGCGCCGCGUCCUCCAGCGCUCGCCUCGUCGUCUAGCCUAGUUCCAAAAGCCUCCCUCUCCCCCCGCAGCUCGCCGCAGCCGAUCUCUCUCUUGGGCGGAUCACCCACCCCCGGCGGGCAAGAUGAUCUCCCCCGACGCGGCCCGCAACGUCGUCGGCAUCAUCGGCAAUGUCAUCUCCUUCGGGCUCUUCCUCUCCCCAGUGCCGACGUUCUGGCGGAUCUGCAAGGCCAAGGACACGGAGGAGUUCAAGGCGGACCCCUACCUGGCGACGCUGCUCAACUGCAUGCUCUGGGUCUUCUACGGCCUCCCCAUCGUCCACCCCAACAGCAUCCUUGUCGUCACCAUCAACGGCAUCGGGCUCGUCAUCGAGGCCGCGUACCUCACCAUCUUCUUCCUCUACUCCGACAACAAGAAGCGCAUGAGGGCGUUCCUCGUCCUGGCCGUGGAGAUCGUGUUCAUGGUCAUCGUGGUGCUCUCGGUGCUCCUGGCCGCGCACACCCACGAGAAGCGCUCCAUGAUCGUCGGCAUCCUCUGCGUCAUCUUCGGCUCGCUGAUGUACGCCUCCCCGCUCACCAUCAUGGGUAAAGUGAUCAAGACCAAGAGCGUUGAGUACAUGCCCUUCUUCCUGUCGCUGGUGUGCUUCCUCAACGGCCUCUGCUGGACGGCCUACGCCCUCAUCCGCUUCGACCUCUACGUCACGAUCCCCAACGCCCUCGGCACCUUCUUCGGCCUGGUCCAGCUGAUCCUGUACCUCUGCUACUACAAGUCCACCCCCAAGAAGGAGAAGAACGUGGAGCUGCCCACCGUCGCCUCCGCCGGCAACGUUGGCGGCGGCGGCGGCGGCAACGUCUCCGUCACCGUCGAGCGAUAGACGAGGAAGCGGCAGCUAAGCCGCCGGCGACCGUCGAGAAAGAACUCGACGAGACGUACUUUAGUGCCCGUAGUAGUUUUGCCUCGUGUUGAGUCGUGGUUAAGUGUGAGUGCCUAGUUUUGGCCGGUGUGCCUCGCGUCGAAGAACAAUUAAUGUAUCCGCGUGGCUAUUUGCCGAUUGAGAUAAUGACAAUCAUGUCUGAUUGCUGCCUCUAAAAUCCCACUUCCCAACCCCA